GGCAGUACUGUGCGGCACCGGUAGUCAGCCAUAGACACACAUCGGAACCAAUGAGGAAUCAAAUCGUGUCGAUAGUGAAGAAUGCAUUGAAUUUUGAGCAAAACUUUUUCGAUUUAUGCAAAUCUAUUAAAGAGUGCAUUGAGAGGGAAAUGGAUGGUCUCUGGCAUUGCACCGCCUUUUACAACGACAUCGGAUGCCAUUCCUUCACUUUUGACGACAUGUUUAUCGUUAUUAUAAUGUUUGGGAAGCUUAAGAUAACUGUCCAUAAAGUCUACGAUGACAUAAACAUGAAAAAGUUGGCAAAACUGUUGCGAUCGAGAAAAGUGAGCGAAGAGUUAAUUAUCGAGAAAACCGAUAUGAAUGAGGAAAAUAUAUCGAUCGUCAAAGAGAUU